AAAUGUUGACGUUUCACAAUUUUUUGACGUUUUUAGGUUAACUUUGAUUAGUAUUUUGAAAAUGUCUAAGUUAAAUUCUAAUUUACUAGAAUUAGAUGUAGAUAGGCUGUUUGAGGAUCACAGCAUAGAUGAAAUUCUUGAAAUUGAUAGGUUACUGGAUACAGAACUAGAAAAGAAACGAAAUGAUUUGCGGUCUAUGGUUGGGGACCGCUAUAAAGAUAUAUUAGCUGCUUCUGAUGCUAUUAGGUCCAUGAAAACCAUCUCACAAGAAAUAGUUAACAAUAUUGGGAGGAUAUCGAACACCUGUGAAACUUUAGUAGAUGAACCCAAACCUGUACAAACAACAGUUAGUUAUGAAGUCAACAAGGAUAAAAUAGAAGAAAGAACACUGGUCAUCCAGAUAAGGCUGGCAAUUUUUAUGAAUGAACAGAUUUGGGUUGCUUUGGAUGAGGAAAACAACUUUGAAGCUGCCCAGCUUUAUCUACUUGCACAACACAUCCAUACAGGACUAAGCUUGUACAAGAAGGAAAGAUUGGACAGAAUUCCACUUCUUCAACAGAUUAAAAACAACUUAAUAAUAUUAAGGUCUAGGAUAUUUCAUAGGAUCACAGAGAAACUAGAAUCAGUAGAAAUAACAGCUGAAGAGACCAGUUACAAUUUGAAUGCAUUACUAUUAUUAGAGAACCAAAAUAGUCAAGAGUUACUUAGUAUUUUUAUAGAACAUCGCAAAACUGCCUUAAAUACCGUCAUAAAUUCUUCCCAUUCAAGUGUUCGUGUGCAAAUUAGUGCAAUGGUACGAUGCCUUAUCACAACUGUACAUUUAUUGCAUGAUUGUUUUAUAAAUUCUGAGGAUAACAAAAAGGGUUUAAUUUGGCAGCAAUUGGAUGAAAUAAUGUCUGAAAAUGCACAACCCACUUUAUCUAAAUUAUCUUUACCAAACACACCCUUGGAAGCAUAUAUUCCAGAUAUUAUAAAACAGUUUAGGCCAAAAUACACAGUUGAUAUAGAAAAAACAACCCUUAAAGACACCAAAAAUGUUAUUGAAGAUUGGCUAAAGUCAACCCAAUCUACUGUAUUAAAAGGAGUAGAAAAAUCCUUAAAUCUGGUGACCAACGUCAAAGGAUUGUAUAAAAUUAGAGAGGAAGCUUUAAAAAUAGAGUCUCCUGAAAUCUGGGAUAAAAUUUGUUCAGAAUCAAAUUUGCCAGCUAAUUUUAAUGUGUGGUAUUUCUUCUUCCAAAAACUAUUAACUAAUAGAGUUAAAGCCUUAAUUACAAAUCAAAUAAUUAGUGGCAUAGAGAAUUUACAAGUAGAUGUGUCUCAUGCCUUAAGCCAAUGCACAAAGUCAUCACAGUCUGAGUUGGACUUAAGAUGGUACACAUGGACAGAUGAUAUUGCAGAUGUUAGUAAAACUGAAAACAAACAUAUAGGUUUAUCAAUGAAAACGAAGGGAUUUUCGCCGUAUGUAGUCUCAUUGUGUGAAAAAUGGGAUGCCAAAUUUUUUAAAUUGUUAGAAGAUACAUCACAGUAUAUAUUUGGUAUUGAAUGUAAUGAUACAGAUAGUCAUUUACAAAUAAAUGCGGUGCGAGAUUAUAAAUUUAAGAAGAAAUUUAUUGACAGAGAUGAGAUUGUAAAUUAUUUAAGAGUGGAAAGUGCCAGAAAUUCAGAGAAGAUAACCCAUUUUAUUAAUGACUUGGUGAAUAAAACACAAGAUGAAAGUCAUCUGGUCACAAAGUCAUUGAUUUGCGCCCGGUUUUUACAAGCAAUUAGUCAACUGUGUCCAAAUUAUAACAAAUGUUGCACUUUUAACAAUACUUCUGAUGAGUGGACAAGAAUUUGUGAUAAUUUCAACAAAAACAGUUUCUCCCUAUGGAAUAACUGGGUGAAUUAUUGCUGUGAAAGGACAAAAAAGAACAUAGAAGGUGAAAUGAGUAACGUUAAUCCAAAAUCCAUGAUAAAAUGCUUGGCAAAAUGGGACAACAUUGAAAUACAAGAGCAAACUGAAGAUAAAGUUUUUAAAUCACAUAUUAGAGUGCCUCUAAAAGAAAGUUUAAUAUUACACAACACCAUAGUAAAACUUAGUAAUGAGUUACAUUGCGUCCUUCCCCACACAAUUCCUAAACCAGUGCAUGUGCAGUUUAUAGAAAGAAACUGUGAAAUCAUUCUAAAUCAUUACAAAAAACUCCUGGAGCAAGACUUGAACCAAAACCAGUCAUUACAGUUUCUAUUCGACGUCAAAUUUCUAACUACGUUCUGCAUUCCAAGAGAAAAUGGCCAGUUGAUUGGAUGUUCCCAAGAAAUCUGUGAUAAACUAAGGUCGAAAAUUGAUCCCUUCGACUUGGAUGUAUUUUAUUCUUAUCUGCAAAAUAAUGUGAAACGUGCCGUUUGCCAGUCGCAAGUAAUACUAGGUUGCUUAUUGCCUUCGUCUAGUCAGCUGGCCAGUUUAGGUCUGUCGGAGAAAAAUAAAGAGUUGGAAAAAGAACCGUCAAUAAUUGCGUUGAGUACUCCUUCUACGAACGCUUGGUUCCCCUUGUUGCCUGUUACGGCACCUUCUCAGAAAGUCUCAACGCCAAAUGCAGUUCAGAAAGAAACUAAGGUUUCUAGUGCAAGUAAGACGUCCCGAAAAUCACCCAGGAAAUCACAAGACCCAACGGCAGCUGUACGAUCAGGAGCAGCUGCCUUAUUUGGUGGCCUGACUGCUGACUGGUUUUCAUAACAUUUUAAUCGUUACGUUAGUCUUUUAUUUUAAAUUAAUAUUUGUAUAUAGUGUUACAAAUUACAUAAGAGUGAAAAUACGUUUUCUAUUUGUAUAUACAGUAUUUAUAAAAUAUAUUAUAUAUCUAAUUUAAAAAUUGUUUUUGCCAUGUCCACAAAAAUCCAUCCCAUUUU